CCUUGGUCCAGGCGCGCUGUGGCGACGUUUAAAUAUAGCAGUCCCGCCGCGUGUAAAGAUGCUAAAAUCUCUUCCUACGCGACGGAGGAUCAACAACCAAAAGCCCGCUUCCACACCUUCGCCCUUCUGUGGCCACUGACCGUCGGAGAGCUUCUUCGAAAUCAUGGCUCAUGUGUUGCUUCCUUGCGACUUACCGACAUGGUCUGAUGUCCAGCGCCACUUAGCACAGCUGAAAACAUGCAAGAACGGUGAACAGGUCACUCAAAUCAUGCUCAAGAUUUAUGAAACAUGCUGCAUAUCAUUGGAUCCGGAUGACAAUCAGCCAAAGAGCGAACACAGCGGAUUUCAAGAAUUGCGAUUUUUCAUAGACGAUAUAAUGACUGAACAAGAAAGGUCAAAAUUUCUCACUGAAACUCUGCCUACGAUGGUAUCUCAGGCUCUGAAUCUUCGCAUUGUCAAACCUCCUAGUGGAUUUUUAUACAGCUUGAAAAAAGAAGACAGUACGUUUGCAUUGGAGCGUCCUUUCGUCGCCUCAUUGCUCGCUAAUGCAUUUUUUUCGACUUUCCCAAAGCGCAAUUCAAAAACUCAUCCAACUUUACAAGACUUCAGUUUUGCAGAUUUUUUCACAUACCUCACGAAGCGUAGUCAUCAGAAGAAAUUAAAGGUUCUGUUACGGUACUUUGAAAAAUUAGAGAUGCAGCCUAAAGGAAUGGUGACAUUCGCUAGAAAGGUGGUGCACGGGCCUUCUUUACCAGGAUGGCUGUGCAGCGAUCGUCCGUUGGUGCCUUUAAUUGUUCGUCCUGAAGGAACCCUUCACGAAGCAGAACCUCAUGUAUUUAGAGCAUUUCCCUGCACUUCAUUAAUAGGAGGCGAUGUACUCAAGACAUCCACAUCUCAGGAAGCCAAAUUAUUCUUUACUUUUCCGGAGUUGUUGGUGAGCCUGAGUUUCGUAGAAAGUCUUGGUGAUGAAGAAUCUUUGCUCACGGAAGGAAUCUAUCCAGCCACAUCUGCAAGGAAAUCAUUCAGGCAGGGCUUUCAGGCAGAGGGUCCAUUCUGCUUUUUAGAUUCACUGGAUUUUUCAGGUCAACCCAAUCGGCAAUUUGAGGACCGCUGUUUGUUGCGUGAGCUGAACAAAGCACUUGCUGCCUUUUCCCACGAACCCCGGGAUCUUCCUCCUAGCAUACAUCAAAGAAGGCAAACACCUGUUGGAGAAAGCUCAAGUUCAGGUCCAUCCAGGAGGGGUUCAUCUAAUGUUGAUUCAGAGACGCGAUCCUCCAAAAGACUAGUGGCUGAAGAUAUCAGGAAAAGAACAAGAGAAAAGAAAGAUAAAUGCCAAGAUGAGCUACGGUCAGCAGAUGAAACCGCCCAUGAAGACAAGAAGUCAUCGUAUUUCCCCGUGAUUGCGACAAAAGCAGCAGAGGAAGUUACCAAUUCUCAAACUCGUCGCAGUUCCACAUCCUCGGGCCUAGAGAGCAAGGUGAGUGAGUGGCCCAGUCUUCCCAUCCAACAGCCGCCAUCCAGGGUGUCAAUGGCGGCCGUCAAGGCCAGCAGUCAAAGUUCCAGCAAGUUAUCAAUGAAAACUGCCAGCCAAUCAUCUAUCGAGCUUCCGCCCAUACAACCACCUCUGCGUGAAGAAGAAUACUAUACAGCUGAUGAAGACAAUGGUGAAGAAGCCUCUGUGUGUGGUCUGUCUAAGAGUUGUCUCCGCGGAAUAGUGCUGCAUCGGGAGAAAAGAUGUUCGGUGGCAAUGACUGAUCUGCUGAAGGAGGAACAAUUAAAUUCAUGCCGCAAGUCAUUCAGCAGCCGUGAUGCGUCCAGUGAUGUGAGCCGAUCCUUCCGUUCAGAAUCGGUAGGUUUCGUGCUAGGUGGUGAUAGUGAGGAAGAGAACGAAUUCUAUCGUCCCAACCAGCACGAAAGGCUAGAGGAUUUCAGAAAACGAAUCCGGAAAAGGACGCGUAGACGGCUGUCCAGGCGGAGCAGCAGGAGCUCUUAUUCGGGUUCGAGUGGUAGCAGUGACAUGGAGGACAUCUCAGAGGAUCCGGAGUUACCGGUUCCUCAAACUCGCAUCAUACGACCUGCCAGUUCUGAACCAUCCAUUAUCACAGCUUUGGAUGAAGCUGCAACUACCCCUUUAGACUUUCCGCCCUUGUCCCCGGCGGCAGAGACGGCCCUUAUAACUUUGGGUGGCAAAAAGAUGAUGGUGACAUCCAGCAAUGGCCAUUUAAAGGCCUAUUCAUAUGACGGUGUAAAUCCGAACCUGCCAGUGCCUUUCAAGGCGAAAUUCAGGAGACGAAGGCAUCAUUCUGAAGAAGGAGACAAGUCUUUUGACAAAGAUUUGCUGUGGUCGGCAUCCAUGAUGGAAAGAUGCAGUAGCACAGAAGAUCUUUCUUCAUGUUCUGGUAUCAAAAAUGAGGGAAGUUCGAUACUAGAUGGCAAUAAAGACGAUCCUAAGAAGACAUCUCCUUCGAGAUGGCCGGCAGCUGCCGCACCUUGGACAUGCUGCGGAGAUGAAGGAGACAGUCAGCUAAAGUCGAUCAUCUUGUGGUUGGCUGCAAGCAUGGCCGAACUACCAGCCCUUAUCCUCUACACUCUGCAAGAACCAGCAUUAGAUGACAUCAUUUCUGUAUAUAGCAAAGUGUUGAAUCGAAAAUGGACAGUGGGGGAUUUAUCUUGCGAAGUUUUACGCUUCUGUCGCAAUAGGAUCUCACCUAAGCGGAAGAUUGGUUUGCCGCCCCAGCUUUUCAGACAACUCAUCGGUAGUGAAGCAGUCGCAGCAUCUUCGCUCUCUUACAAUUUGAGUCAGCAAUCUUUGGACUAAUGAGGAUUGCUCAUUCGUGUUUGUACAUAUCAAACCAUCUGAUGUGUGAUAUGUAGUUUAGAUUUAAGUUUUAUUUCCCUAGCUACAUUUACCUCACUGGCUGAACAUUUUGUAUAGAAUUUUUAAGCCGGGCAACUUGAAGAUUCAUCUGCUUUUAAACAGUGUUCAAUUUCCAGCCAAAGUUUUGUGCUCACAUGAUAAAAAAAUUAGCAAUACUGUACCUUUGAAAGCUAUUUUUGUAAUAAAUCCGACACACUAACUACAUACUGAA